CGUUUCAAGGCUAUUUUAGUAACUUCUCUUCCUAUAAUUAUUGUAUCGAAUUGCCUCUUUCAAAAUGCCUGUGAUAGACCUCAAGAAGUUAUUGAAAUUCGAAAUCGGCCUUGUCUGUGGGACAACAGAAUCAAUCAGUACACCAAAAAAUUACUGAAGACACAGAUGUGGACUGAAGUUGCUCAAGAGGCAUGCAUAAAUUAUGACCGACUGGAAGAAUUCAUGAAACGAGAAGCUGUGUUAAAUAAAAGAAGAAACAAAUGGAAAGGAAUUAGGAGUAGUUUUUUAAGAGAGAUCGAGAGGAUUAUAUUUACAUCUUCACGCUCAAGAGAAAAUUCCAGAAGGAAACCGUAUCUUUAUUUUGAACUUCUUCAAUUUUUAGUGCCAUGCAUUAAUCUAACUGAUAGUACUACACCUAAUAUUGAAGGUAAGGAAGCAUCAGAAUCCUUGACCAAAGAUGCGAUUGAUAGCCAGGAUAUUACAACUGACGAUAAUGAAGAAGAUCAAACGCCAGAUCAAAGAAGAACGAAACCGAACGAAGUUUUCUUCAAAGAGGAAUUACUUUUGGUAAAUCUAAAUAACGCGCUGAAGACAAGGACGACGGAGAGGUUUGACAACGAUAAGCAUUCCUUUCGUUAUCUCUUACCAGAUAUAAAAAAAGUCAAACCUGAUAGUAAGAUGAAGUGGAAGAUGGCAUUGGUGACUGCCAUCAUAAAUAUACGCAUGGUUGGCCUUCUUACUCUAAUUCCCCAGCUGAUUUCUUCGUCAA